AACUGCAGACUAGUCUCAAUGGUAACGCAUAUGACGUGUAUCAAGAUUCAAGAUGUUUGUGGAUAAAUAAAAAAAUGUCAAGUGGAUUAUUAUAUUUUUUUUAUUAUGCUUAAUUAAAAAUGAAUAGUCUUGGUUUAAGCUUAAUUCUAAAAAUGGGCUGCAUAUGCUCCAAGGAAACAAUUACAGUAAAUUCAAGAAAUUAUACAGUUCGUGAACAUCUUGGAGAAGGUGGAUUUAGCAUUGUCCUUCUAGUGGAAGAUACAAUAACUCAUAAAAAAUAUGCUAUUAAAAAGAUCAUUUGUCAUGGAUUAGAAGAUCAGAGAUUAGCAGCAAAAGAAAUAGAAUAUUAUAAUCUUGUAAAACAUCCAAAUGUUAUAGAAUGUAUUGAUUCUACAUAUAAAGGAACAGUAGAUCCUAUUAUUAAUGCAACUAGUGAAGUAUUAAUUAUUUUACCAUAUUAUCAUAGAGGUACACUUGCAAAUGAAUUAGAGAGACGUGCUAAAAAUAAGAAUCACAUGGGUGCCCUAGAUAUUUUAAAUAUUUUUUUACAAAUAUGUGAAGGUGUAAAAGCAUUUCAUGAAGCUAAACCAGAACCUCUUGCUCAUAGAGAUUUAAAGACUGCAAAUAUACUUCUUGAUGAUGGAAGUACACCCAUUAUAAUGGAUUUAGGUUCUGUAGCACCAGCUAGAAUUAAAAUAUGUGGUUCACAAGCAGCACAAACUUUACAGGAUUUAGCAGCUGAAAGAUGUUCAAUGCCAUAUAGAGCACCAGAAUUAUUUAAUGUUGAAAGUUAUUGUAUGGUAGAUGAACGGACAGAUAUUUGGUCUUUAGGAUGUAUUCUUUAUGCACUAUGCUAUUUUAAAUCACCAUUUGAUACAGUAUAUGAAAGAGGAGACAGUGUUGCUUUAGCUGUAAUAAGUGCAAAUAUUAUUUUUCCAGAAGAUGCUCCAUAUACUGAGGAUAUACAAAAUUUGAUUUUAUUGAUGUUAAAAGUAAAUCCUAUGGAACGUCCUUAUAUAUACAGUGUUAUAGAAAAGGUACAUGAUAUUAUUUCAAAGUUAGAAAACAAAGUAUGAUUAUAUAAGAAACAAUAUUUUCAAUAUUUAUUUAAAAAUAUAUGUACAGAUAAUUUUAUAUAUUAUUAUAUAUAUUAUAUAUAUAAUAAUGCAAAAUGUUUAUAAUCUUUAAAAAAUGCAAUAAUAUAUAAAAUAAUAAUAACAAAAUGAAAAUUUUAAAUAAAACAAGUGCAAAUAUUGCAUUACUUCAAUAUAUCAUUUUGUUUGUUUUAUAUUUAAAAAGAAAAAUAAGAAAUUUAUAAAAUAGAAAGUAAAAAUUUUUAAAAUAUAAGGUUUAUAUAUGUUUAUAUACAUUUUAAAUAUGUAAAUACUAUAAUUUUUAAAAAAAUAAUAAUUGUAUCUAUAUUACUAUCAAUAUCUGAACAAGCUUUGUUAUUUUUAUUUAAAAUUAAUAUUAAUGAUAGUGUUUUAAUAAAAUUAGUUUUGAUUAGUUAAUCCCAAAUUUUUUGAUAAAUAAUUUCGAUUAUCUAAUUAUAUUGAAUAUUUUCAUUUUUCCUGAAUUAUAUGAAAUAAUAUGUUAUAUAUAUUUUAUAUAAAAUAAUAUGUAACAAUUUUUUUUGCAAAAACUUUCAUUACUUUAUUAAAUAAUUUGUUAAGGAAUAUACGAAAAAUACUAAUUAUAAAACUUGUAAAUUAAUUAAGCUACAACAGUAGUAUUAAAUACAUACUACCAAUUAAAUAUGAAUAAAUCCAAGCAAUAUCUUCAAAAAAAAUCCUGAAUAUACAAAUAUUUUUUUAUUGAAAAAAAAUUAUAUUGAAUUACUUCUUUUUUAAGAAUAAAUGAAUAAAUUAAUUAUUUAUUAUUUAUAUAAAAUUCUAUUUCUGUAUCAUCCUCAUGUUUUGUAAACUUUAUUUUUUUCUCCAUUUCCUUUAUCAUUCUCAUUCUGUCUCUUCUUUAUCAAUCUUAUGAUUUUCCUUUCUUUUAUCAUUUUGUUUUCCCUUUUAUUAUUUUUUACUAUUCUUUUGUUUUUAUCCUUCCACUUUCUUUAUUAUUCUUAUCCUCUAUUCUUUCUUAUUAUAUUCCUUUAUUAUCUUCAUGCUCGUUUCUUUAUUAUUUUCCUUAUCAUUCUCCAUUUUUUUUUGUCUUUUCUUUUUCCUUUUCAAAUCUGUUUACUUCUUUUAUCAAUUUUUCCUCCUUUUAUCAAUUUCUUCUUACAUCCUCUUAUUAAUUUCUCCAUCUCCCUUCUUUCAAUCUCAAUUCUUUCUUCUUUUAUCGAUUCUUUUUCCUCCCAUUCUUUAUUAAUUCUUUGUUCCUUUUUCUAUUUUUUUCAAUUCUGCCUCCUUCUCUAAUAAUUAGGAAAAAGUUAAAUAAAGAAAUGAUAAGACAGAUGAAAAUAAAAGAAGUGCAAAGAAAAAUCAUAAAAAAAGGGAUGAAAAUCUCUACUUCAACAAAGAAAGGAUUCUAUAUGAAUAACAAUUAAUUAGUUUAUUCAUUGUUCCUCAAUAAUUUAAUAUAAUUUUUUUUUCGAUAUAAAAAAAUAUUUGUUAUAUUCAAUAAAUUUUUUUUGAAUAUGUUGCUUGGAUUUGUUCCUAUUCAAUUAACGAUACGUAUCUAAUUAUCAUCGCAAUUUGACUAAUCUAUGUGCUUCACAAUUGGCUAUUGGCUAUUAAUUUUUGUUAAUAAUUCCUUAAUAAAGUUAUAAUAAAAGUUCUUGUAAAGAAAAAUGUUUCUUGAAAUUAUUUUAGAAAAUUUCCAAUUAAUCGAUGUUGCCAUAUUUUUGUAAUAUUAUCUAUAUAUAUGAUAAUCAUAUUAAAUAAUAAAUUCCUAAAUUAAAUAAUA